AUGCUUCCUGAAACAUCGACCAUUGAAGGAGAAACUGCAUUUGAAACAGUGACUCUUCCUGAAACAUCGACCAUUGAAGGAGAAACUGCAUUUGAAACAGUGACGCUUUCUGAAACAUCGACCAUUGAAGGAGAAACUGUCUUUGAAACAGUGACGCUUUCUGAAACAUCGACCAUUGAAGGAGAAACUGUCUUUGAAACAGUGACGCUUCCUGAAACAUCGACCAUUGAAGGAGAAACUGUCUUUGAAACAGUGACGCUUCCCGAAACAUCGACCACUGAAGGAGAAACUGCAUUUGAAACAGUGACUCCUUCUGAAACAUCGACCAUUGAAGGAGAAGCCAUCUUUGAAACAGUGACGCUUCCUGAAACAUCGACCAUUGAAGGAGAAACUGUCUUUGAAACAGUGACGCUUCCUGAAACAUCGACCAUUGAAGGAGAAACUGCUUUUGAAACAGUGACGCUUCCUGAAACAUCCACCAUUGAAGGAGAAACUGUCUUUGAAACAGUGACUCUUCCUGAAACAUCGACCAUUGAAGGAGAAACUGUCUUUGAAACAGUGACGCUUCCUGAAACAUCGACCGUUGAAGCAGAAACUGCAUUUGAAACAGUGACGCUUCCUGAAACAUCGACCAUUGAAGGAGAAACUGUCUUUGAAACAGUGAUGCUUCCUGAAACAUCCACCAUUGAAGGAGAAACUGUCUUUGAAACAGUGACGCUUCCUGAAACAUCGACCAUUGAAGGAGAAACUACAUUUGAAACAGUGACGCUUCCUGAAACAUCGACCAUUGAAGGAGAAACUGCAUUUGAAACAGUGACGCUUCCUGAAACAUCGACCGUUGAAGCAGAAACUGUCUUUGAAACAGUGACGCUUCCUGAAACAUCGACCAUUGAAGGAGAAACCAUCUUUGAAACAGUGACGCUUCCUGAAACUUCGACCAUUGAAGGAGAAACCGCCUUUGAAACAGUGACGCUUCCUGAAACAUCGACCAUUGAAGGAGAAACCAUCUUUGAAACAGUGACGAGAAACUUGACUCUUCCUGAAACAUCGACCAUAGAAGGAGAAACUGUCUUUGAAACAGUCACACUUCCUGAAACAUCGACCGUUGAAGGGGAAACUGCAUUUGAAACAGUGACGCUUCCUGAAACAUCGACCAUUGAAGCAGAAACGGUCUUUGAAACAGUGACGCUUCCUGAAACAUCCACCAUUGAAGGAGAAACUGUCUUUGAAACAGUGACGCUUCCUGAAACAUCGACCAUUGGCGGAGAAACUGUCUUUGAAACAGUGACGCUUCCUGAAACAUCGACCAUUGAAGCAGAAACUGUCUUUGAAACAGUGACGCUUCCUGAAACAUCGACCAUUGAAGGAGAAACUGUCUUUGAAACAGUGACGCUUCCUGAAACAUCGACCAUUAACGGAGAAACUGUCUUUGAAACAGUGACGCUUCCUGAAACAUCGACCAUUGAAGGAGAAACUGUCUUUGAAACAGUGACGCUUCCUGAAACAUCGACCAUUGAAGGAGAAACGGUCUUUGAAACAGUGACGCUUCCUGAAACAUCGACCAUUGAAGGAGAAACUGUCUUUGAAACAGUGACGCUUCCUGAAACAUCGACCAUUGACGGAGAAACUGUCUUUGAAACAGUGACGCUUCCUGAAACAUCGACCAUUGAAGCAGAAACUGUCUUUGAAACAGUAACUCUUCCUGAAACAUCGACCGUUGAAGCAGAAACUGUCUUUGAAACAGUAACUCUUCCUGAAGCGUCGACCGUUGAAACAGAAACUGUCUAUGAAACAGUAAUGCUUCCUGAAUCCACUCGUCCUCCAGGAACACCUACGAUGCCCCCAUCGACACCAACAGCACCUGCAGCAACAACUGUUUUGACAGAACUGGAACAAAGGAAGAAACAACUGGAAGAGGAGCUGGAACAGCUUCAAACUGCAAUUGCUGCCAACAAUGCUACCGCCAGCGCUCUUGCAGAAACGGAAGCAGCGUUGCAGCGAGUCAUUGAUGCCAUAAGUAAUAGUGGAAGCCACAAGAGGAGAAGACGAUCCCCUACUUACGCUGUCAACCAAGGUGACGACACUGUGACAGUCGAUCCAUAUUGUGAGGUAAAUGAGGACAAUGCCUUAACUGGGGACCCAACAGAUCUGCUUCUUACAAUGAUCAACGAUCUCUCCACCAAGCUAUCCAACCUCACAACCGACCAAAUCACCUGUUUCAAUGAACUCAUUGGUCAUUUUGCUACACUCAUAGAGAAUGGAACGUUCGUCAUCGAUUCUAGUGUAGUCGGCAAUAUUACAGCCGCUGCAGAGGCAGCAAGCAGCGCCGUGGGAGAACAGAUUGGGUCUUUAGAGACUCUCAUUUCGAAUCUACAGACGCAGGUAGAGGAAAAGAUUGCCGAACUCAAUGGGUUAGAAAGUGAACCUACGUCUACAACAGCUUCAACAGCGACCCUUACGAUAUCUGGGACUUCAACUAUUGUAACAGAAAGUGUUUCUGAAACAAGUACGUUAUCCGAAACAACGACAAUGGAAACGGAAACUGUUUUUGAAACUGGUACCUUCCCCGAAACAUCGACAAUAAUUUUACCUGAGACAUCGUCAUUUGAAACAGAAACUGUUUUUGAAACUGUUACUUUAUCUGAAACAUCGACAAUAAUAUUGCCUGAAACAACGACCGUUGAAACAGAAACUGUUUUUGAAACAAUUACUUUACCUGAAACAUCCUCAAUAGAAACAGAAACUGUUUUUGAAACUGUUACUUUACCUGAAACAUCGACUGUAAUUUUACCUGAAACAUCGACAAUUCAAACAGAAACUGUUUUUGAAACUGUUACCUUACCUGAAACAUCGACUGUAAUUUUGCCUGAAACAUCGACAAUUGAAACAGAAACUGUUACCUUACCUGAAAAAUCGACUGUAAUUUUGCCUGAAACAUCGACAAUUCAAACAGAAACUGUUUUUGAAACUGUUACCUUACCUGAAACAUCGACUGUAAUUUUGCCUGAAACAUCGACAAUUGAAACAGAAACUGUUUUUGAAACUGUUACUUUACCUGAAACAUCGACUGUAAUUUUGCCAGAAACAUCGACAACUGAAACAGAAACUGUUUUUGAAACUGUUACUUUACCUGAAACAUCGACUGUAAUUUUGCCAGAAACAUCGACAACUGAAACAGAAACUGUUUUUGAAACUGUUACUUUACCUGAAACAUCGACUGUAAUUUUGCCUGCAACAUCGACAAUUCAAACAGAAACUGUUUUUGAAACUGUUACUUUACCUGAAACAUCGACUGUAAUUUUGCCUGAAACAUCGACAAUUGAAACAGAAACUGUUACCUUACCUGAAACAUCGACUGUAAUUUUGCCAGAAACAUCGACAAUUGAAACAGAAACUGUUACCUUACCUGAAACAUCGACUGUAAUUUUGCCUGAAACAUCGACAAUUGAAACAGAAACUGUUUUUGAAACUAUUACUUUACCUGAAACAUCGACUGUAAUUUUGCCAGAAACAUCGACAACUGAAACAGAAACUGUUUUUGAAACUGUUACUUUACCUGAAACAUCGACUGUAAUUUUGCCUGAAACAUCGACAACUGAAACAGAAACUGUUUUUGAAACUGUUACUUUACCUGAAACAUCGACUGUAAUUUUACCUGAAACAUCGACAAUUGAAACAGAAACUGUUACCUUACCUGAAACAUCGACUGUAAUUUUGCCAGAAACAUCGACAACUGAAACAGAAACUGUUUUUGAAACUGUUACUUUACCUGAAACAUCGACUGUAAUUUUGCCUGAAACAUCGACAAUUGAAACAGAAACUGUUUUUGAAACUGUUACCUUACCUGAAACAUCGACUGUAAUUUUGCCAGAAACAUCGACAACUGAAACAGAAACUGUUUUUGAAACUGUUACCUUACCUGAAACAUCGACUGUAAUUUUGCCUGAAACAUCGACAAUUGAAACAGAAACUGUUACCUUACCUGAAAUAUCGACUGUAAUUUUGCCUGAAACAUCGACAAUUGAAACAGAAACUGUUACCUUACCUGAAACAUCGACUGUAAUUUUGCCUGAAACAUCGACAAUUCAAACAGAAACUGUUUUUGAAACUGUUACCUUACCUGAAACAUCGACAAUAAUAUUGCCUGAAACAACGACCGUUGAAGCAGAAACUGUUUUUGAAACAAUUACUUUACCUGAAACAUCCUCAGUUGAAACAGAAACUGUUUUUGAACCUGUUACCUUACCUGAAACAUCGACAAUGAUUUUGCCUGAAACACCGACUCCUGAGCCGUCUGUCCCCGCAACUACCAUAGAAGAGAGCAGCGCCCGCGAGACGGAGCUUCGGAAACAGAUCGCAGAACUGAGUCUGAGAACGAGUAACCUUGCAGAUGCAGACGAAUCUAUCAGCAAUUUCAACACCUCCGUUGCAAACACAAGAAAGCGCCGUUCUGCUUCGCUUGCCAUCGGCCAAGACGGUCAGGAUAUCACUAUCGAUCCUUACUGCGGUGUCAAUGCCGAGGACAGCCUGGCUGGCAAUACAUCAACUGUGCUUUUGGCAGUGCUGACUGAUCUUUCAGAAGAGGUGUCCAAUCUCACGACAGACCAGAUCAGCUGCUUCAGUCAACUCCUUGAGAAAUUCACUGCAUUCAUAGAGAAUGGGUCUAUCAUCAUCGACCCUCUGUUUAAGAGUAGUAUUAUUAAUGCUGCAAAUGUUGCAAGUGACGCUGUGGAAGAAGAGCUUUCCGACGUCCAGGCUCUCAUAACUGACCUGCAGAAAGAACUAGACAUUCUGACUGGGGAGAGCACAACAACAGCUGCUCCGGAGCCAGAGCCAGGCCCUGAGCCUCUACCUGUGCCUGCACCUCGUAAGAGUCAUUUGAGACUGGUCAUCUUACAGCAGGUGAACCUCCCAUAAAAGGCAACUUGGGAAUUGCUCUCACGUUUUAUGGAUCCAACGGACUGUUGCUAUUCGUCUGAAAGUAUUGUUACUUUAUCUGCAGUGCUAACUCGCCAUCAUUAGCACGAUGUUAAAGAGCUUUAAUACAUGAAAAUGUCAUGAAAAUUUGUGAAAACUCUCGAGGUAGAACAUUAGCGAACAAAGUAGCAUGGUGCUGUAAUGGUGAUAAUGCUCGUGGAAGUGUAUGUAAGACUGACAAAUAAACAUUAAUAAUCUCAGCAAAAUUGUCAUAGCUUAGACACUAACUACAGGAACCGUACUGCUGUCCAAGAGGAUUUCUCCAACAUCAAUCAGGAUUCCUGAUCCUGAACUAAAACUCAAAACAUAUAUAUUCUUUUCAUGUUUGAGACAGGAUCUGUAACAUGUUUGCUACAAGUUCUGACCUUAAAAAAAUACAAAAAAAAACUAUGCACAAGAAAAACUUAAUCUAAGUUUCAUCUUUGUAUUGGACUUCUAGCAUAUAAUAAUAAUAAUAACAACAAUAAUAGUAGUAAUAAUAAUAACAAUAAAACUAUUUUCUGUUAUAAAGGGAGCGGCA